UACUCAAACUCAAUCAAUACAAGAACACACUCAGGAAAUUACACAAACUCAAUCACUAUAAGAACACAAUCAGGACUUUACUCAAACUCAAUCAUUACAAGAACACACUCAGGAAAUUACACAAACUCAAUCACUAUAAGAACACAAUCAGGAAAUUACACAAACUCAAUCAUUACAAGAACACAAUCAGGAAAUUACACAAACUCAAUCAUUAUAAGAACACAAUCAGGAAAUUACACAAACUCAAUCACUAUAAGAACAUAA